UGGAUAUCUGUGUAAACGCACACGCAAAAUUACUUUAAAAAAAUGUUUUCAAAAUUAUUCAGUUUGAUUUUAGUCUUAAUCACUCCACAAGUGGAAAACAGACCAGAACUAACCUGUGACAGCAUAAAACACCAGCCGUUCCAAGAAGGCAACUUAGGGCAGACGGGGAUAGUGUCCUGGCUUGGAGUCAUCCGAGCACAUCUCCACCUUGGUGGGAAAACUCAAAUAGCAGUCACAGGAGCAAUAUUAGUAAAACCGAGACACGCCAUAGCAAAUGCUGAUGACAUGUCUAAAAUAAGGAAACAAGGAGACAGCAAAGCUAUGUUCAUCUCCCACGACCGAGGCAUCUGGACAUGCAAACUGAGUGAAGUGUCUUUACACCCCGAAUACGAUUUCGCGACCUACAACACUAUUGCUUUAGUAGAAUUAGAUACGGAGUCACUCACUAACAAUGCACCCAUGCUUCCUGUCUGUAUGCCAAAAUACAUGUACAAUACCUCAAAUCAACUGUACGCCCUUGGAUUUACUGACGAAAAUAGAUUGCUGGAAAAAGUAGCAUACAAAGUUCAGUAUGUAGAAAAACCACUUUGCGACGAGUUUUACGAAAGAGCUGGCCAUGGGAAAGGUAUGUACACUCCAAAAGUGUACGAGUGUGCGUUCGCCGAGAACAACAUGAAAAACUGCGAAUGGGAGAACGGGAUGGCAUUAGUUUCUAAUGCUUCGGGUUACUGGGUUUUGGUUGGAUUCGGAGUCCAAGGUCCUGGGUGCUCAGCUCCAGCCCGCUUUAUUGACAUCUACAACUACUUUCACUGGAUCGAAUCCGCGUCCAACAUCGAGGACUUCGAUGCUGACUACCCCUUCAAGGUCAAAGUCCGGAGAUCCGAUGAUUCACCUUUAUUAUCGUAUGAAAACAUUACAGAAACUAUAGAAGACAACUAUUUUAAGAAAGAUAGUGUACCGCUUAAUAUAACGUUUUGGGAGUUUAUUAAAGAGAAAGGUAAUGAGACCAGACUUUUUGGGUACUUGAAGGAUCAGAAGGAUAUCGAAGUAAAGAAGUUAAAUGAUACAAGUUUUGUAAUACAAGAUUAAUCUAG